AUGGCGUCGAGUGUGAGAGUGACUAAGCUCGUUUUGUCCAUGGCGGCUCUCGUGAUGCUCUUGCUGUGCAGUACUACAGCCGCCACGAGCAAUGCCAAGGAGACUCAGCAGAACGUGUUCAUCCUCGACAACUACGGCGCCCGCGGCGACGGGCAGCACGACGACACGCAGGCACUGGCCAAGGCGUGGAACAUGGCGUGCUCCUCAUCACGGCCGGCCGUGCUGCUCGUCCCCAAGGGGAAGAGCUACCUGCUCAAGCCGAUCGCCCUCUCCGGCCCGUGCAAGUCCACCGUCACCUUGACGGUGGAGGGCACGCUGGUGGCUCCAGCUAGCAGGUCCGCAUGGAGCGAGGACAACAUUAGUCGCUGGAUCGUGAUCCAAGGCGUCACCGGCCUCACUGUCACCGGUGGCGGCACGAUCAAUGGGAACGGCGACAUUUGGUGGAAGAACUCGUGCAAGACCAACAAAGCUCUGUCAUGCACAACGGCUCCCACAGCUCUAACAUUUCACCGGUGCAACAAUUUGAAGGUCGACAACCUGAAAAUUGUGAACAGCCAACAGAUGCAUGUGUCCGUUGAGGAUUGCACCAAUGUGCAGCUGGCUCGCUUGUCCAUCACGGCGCCUGGCACCAGCCCAAACACCGACGGCAUCCACAUCACCCGGAGCACAGUUGUCCAAGUUAGAGAUUGUGUCAUCAAGACGGGGGAUGAUUGCAUGUCGAUCGAGGAUGGCACUCACAAUCUUCUCGUCACCAAGGUUGUUUGUGGUCCGGGGCAUGGAAUCAGCAUCGGAAGCUUGGGUGACGACAACUCCAGAGCUGAGGUUUCUGGCAUUACAGUUGACUCCGUACAGUUAUAUGGCACAACCAAUGGCGUCCGGAUCAAGACGUGGCAGGGAGGAAGCGGGUACGCCAAGGGUAUCACGUUCCAGAACAUUAUCAUGGACAACGUGCAAAACCCGAUCAUCAUUGACCAGAACUACUGCGACUCAGCUAAGCCAUGCAUGAAACAAGAAUCUGCGGUGGAGAUCAGCAAUGUUGUUUUCAAGAACAUUAGAGGGACAACCAUAUCCAAGGAUGCUAUCAACCUUAGCUGCAGUAACCAGGCGUCAUGCACUAACAUUGUCUUGGAGAAUAUUGACCUGAAAAUGGAGCGCAACCAGGGAGAAACCGAAAGCACCUGCCAAAACGCCCAAUGGCGAAAAUCUGGAACUGUUGUUCCACAACCGUGUGAAGCAAAAAACUAA